ACCAAAGGAGCCUUAAUUCUAACAACAAACACACCUAUCAGUCUGACUCUUAACAAAUGUAAGUCGUGGGAUGUAGACACACUCGAGCACAAAAAGAAUCCGCGACCAAUUUGAGUUGUUGAUAUUGAAUAACCAUGGAGCUACUAACCCCUUCUCCAAAUUUCCCUUCUGGGUUUUCAUCAAUGGCCACUUUUAAACGUGGGUUUUACAGAACUAGCCAAAUUUUCAUCACUCCUCAAUCAAGUGAAAUUGUUGUUGAAGAACAACAAGAAGAAGAAGGGUCUAGAGUAUAUGUAGCUGUGGGAAAAUCUGUUGAUAAAGGUGUUGCUUCAGUUCAAUGGGCUUGUAAAACAUUUGGGAACUCAGAAAUUUGCAUUCUUCAUGUUCUUCAACCUUCUCCAUAUAUACCCACUUUGUUGGGAAGAUUGCCAGCUACUCAAGCUAAUGCAGAAGUGGUAUCCACAUUUCGAAAUGCGGAGAGAGAAGAGGCUAGGAAACUUCUAUCUCGUUUUUUGAGUGUAUGCUGCAAAUCAAAGGUUAAAGCAAGUGUUGCUAUAGUUGAAUCAGAUCAAGUCCUAAAAGGAAUUCUGGAUUUUGUCAACAAACAUAACAUCAGGAAGCUUAUAAUUGGGGCCAUACCAGAUUUACCAGUUAUAUACAGUUGUGUGAAGGUUAAGAAAAGCUCCUGGAAAGCAAGUUAUGCUGCCACAAAUUUCCCUUCAUUCUGUGAAAUAUUCUUUGUCUACAAAGGAAAAUUAGUCUGGAGUAGACAACAUCCUGAGUAUUCAAGCUUCAUUGCACCUAUUUCUCCUAAUACUCGAGAAGUGGCAGUUGAUGUAUGCGGUUUAAGAUCUCAGUCUCUAAAGUCUUGCAAGAACGAGGCUAUCCGCUUCCCAGAAUGUGCUCGGUCAAGUUCGUCUAGGGACCUGCUGCCAUCUGGAAUAAAAAGCUUAAUUUCAUCAGAAACUGACUUACGGUUCAAGAGCUUUUCUUCUACCAGCAGAAGCAAUCUGAUCAGCGUUCCUGCUUUAUCUAUUUCAACAAGUUCUACUCCUGAUAGUAGUUGUGCUUCUUCUGCUGAACAAUUGGUGUCCCUUGAUGCUGAGAUGGAAAGUUUAUACAAACAGCUGGCAGAAGUCAGCACAGAAUUUGAAUCAUCAAGGACUGAAGCUUUUGCAGAAAUUCAUAAGCGCAAAAAACUGGAAGCUGAAGCUGCGGAAUCCCUCAGAAAGGUAAAAGCAUUUGAAUCAGCUCAUGCACAUGAAGUUGAACUGAGGAAGGAAGCUGAGGAUGCUCUGGGAGCUACAUUGCUGGAAAAAGAAAAGCUUUUGAAGGAGAGGAAGGAAAUAACUUAUGAGCUGCGCAAGGCCAUGAGAAAUAUAGCCCUCCUGGAUAGUCGUACACAGGAGGCCAAUCGACAGCGUGAAGAGAUUGCUGGAGAAUUGUCGUUGAUUCAUUCCUCCCUAGUAACUCUACGGAAGGAGAAGCAGAAACUUCAGCAGCAAACUGGUGAAGCCGUUCACUGGAUCAAUUCAUGGAAGAAUCGUGGAAAUGAUGGAGGACUAAGUCCAAAUUACUUGACUGAGUGCGCUGAAUCACUUGAGUUGGUUGAAUUUUCACUCUCCGAUUUGGAGACAGCCACAUGCAAUUUUUCUGAGAGCUUCAGGAUUGGUCAGGGAGGAUAUGCUGAUGUGUUUAAAGGAGAAUUCUCAGAUAAAACCGUAGCUAUUAAGCAGUUGCAUCCACAUAAUAUGCAGCGGCAGUCACAGUUUUUUGAACAGGUGGAAAUUCUAGCUAAGUUACAUCAUCCUCAUCUGGUCACUUUACUUGGUAUGUGUCCAGAAGUUUGGUGCCUUGUUUAUGAAUAUUUUUCGGGCUUGAGCCUCCAAGACCGCCUUUUUGGCAAAAACAACAUUAGUCCCAUGAAUUGGAAGAUGCGAGCACGAAUUCUUGCUGAAAUUGCAAGUGCACUUCUGUAUUUACACUCCUACCCUGAAAAGAUUGUACAUGGGGAUCUUAGGCCUGAGAAUGUGCUCCUUGAUUCCACAGGCAGCUGUAAAGUAUGUGAUGUCUGGAUAUCUGGGCUGAUUCCUAAGCAAGCCCUACGAUGCCCAAGUUUCGAUCGUCUUAGUGAACCAAAGGGUCUCUUUUCCUACACUGAUCCUGAAUUUCAUGUAACUGGAGCUCUGACACCAAAAUCGGAUAUUUACGCACUUGGACUUAUUAUCCUUCAAAUGUUAACUGGAAGAACUCUAGUAGGACUAGUCAGUGAAGUACGCAGGGCGGUCUCAUGUGCACAAUUGGAGUCUCUUCUGGAUCCAUCCGCUGGAGAAUGGUCUACAUUUGUGUCAAGGAGGUUGGCAGAACUAGCGUUGCAAUGCUGUGAGGUAAACAGCAGGGAUAGGCCUGAGCUGACACCGGCUCUUGCAAUGGAGCUAGAGAACUUGAAUGAGUUGGAAGAGCAAUCAGUGCCGUCAUUUUUCUUAUGUCCAAUUCGCCAGGACAUAAUGCAUGACCCUCAGGUCGCCGCAGAUGGGUUCACAUAUGAAGGAGAGGCUAUUCAAGGAUGGCUGGAAAGUGGUCAUGAUACUUCUCCAAUGACCAAUUUGAAACUAAGACAUUUGGAGCUAACUCCCAACCAUGCCCUACGACUUGCUAUCAAGGAUUGGGUCUGCAACUUAUAAAUCCUCACGUAGUAGUAACAUAGUGUAAAUCGAUAUGUAUGUAUUUGAGGAGUCUAGGAUACAAAAGGUAACCUAGAGCUAGCCUUGCAAAUACAGGGAAAAUACACCAAAGUGGUAAGACUGUUGAUAAUGGUAGAAGAGAGCUUUGAAAUCGUCUCGUAGACAAUGAAGUAGUUAUAAAUUUUUUAAGACUGAUUUUGUGUGCUCUUAUAACUCUUAACAGAGGUGUAACAUCACUUGGAGCCUUUCUUGCUUGUUAGUGAAGUGUCGCUUUUUGAUAGGCAGGCACUUCUAUUUUUCAUUCAAAA